AUCAUCGUCCUCGACUCUGGCCUUGGACUUGCUACUUCUCUCUGUUCAGACCUUGAUAGUAGCUGCUUCAUGAAGGUUCUAUACCCUGCUUCUCACGAUAUACCCAGUCUGCCCGACGCCCACAUAGCCCUGAAAAUCUCUCGUCACUCCCGUUGUUCCGUUUGCUCAACAUGUCUCGGUCUCCAUCCCCCACCGGGAUGGCGAGUACUCUCAGAUGCGUCGGACGGGAGUGACUCAGAUGAUGAUGGAGAGCCGCCGUCAAAGUAUCUUGACCGCUGCGAAUGCGGCCACGGCAUUGUAAAUCACGGCGCGGACAUGUCAUUAAUAGGACACGAGGAGUUCGUUCGGAGAGGACGCGUCGCGGUACGGUUAGAUGAGCUACUCGAGGACUCCGGACGGCUCCUUGACUUUGACUACUCGGACGAGGACAUCGACUCUCUGCGCAAACAGAUGGUCCUUCCUGGCCAAGAACGAGAACCACAGUCUCCCGCUAGUUCUCUAUCUGAUGAAAUUGAAGCAUUAGUCCCCUCCUCACCAGAAAAGCACCCGUUAUCUCCCGCAUCCUCCUUCCUGAGCGAUAUCAUCGAACGCCCAACCAAGAAACGCCGCAUCUCUGUCGACUACUCCUCGCUGAGCGAAGCCGAAGACGACGAUGAUGAGGAAGAAGAACGGCCGCUCGCCGCGCGCGUAGCACGGACGGCCGACAAGCGGCGGAAGGAAAACGGCGGCGGCGGCGGCGGUGGCCGAGGCGGCCGGGGUGGCCGAGGCGGGAAGGCGGUGGCGGCACAGGGCCAAAGGGCCGGCAAGAAGCAAUCGAGCAAGAAGGCGAAGGCGUCGACCGCACCCGCGAACAUCCCGCCGCCGACGGCGGAAGAGCGCGAGGAGAUGCGGCCGAACGGCGUGAACGGGCACGACGCGAAGGUGAAGCUGGAGGACAAGAUGGACGAAGGGCAGCUGUCUCGAUUAGUCACUGGCGUGACAGUCGACGCGGCCGGCCCUGCCUCUGCAGCUCCCUCGGGGAAGCAAGAAAAGGCGGCGUAUGUCGAGUUGCGGAAAGGCAUCAUCCAGGUCGUCGCGGUAGAGAACGAUCGAGAACCGCGGUCGUCGGUCUUGCUGACUGGGCUGAAGACACUGUUCCAGAAGCAGCUGCCCAAGAUGCCGCGAGAAUACAUCGCGCGACUAGUGUACGACUUGAACUCGAAGUGCUUGGCCAUCAUCAAACGUGGUUACAAGGUCGUCGGCGGAAUCUGUUACCGCCCAUUCCCGCAUCGCGGCUUCUCCGAGAUCGUGUUCUUCGCCACCGCAUCCAUAGACCAAGUCAAGGGCUAUGGUGGGAUGCUCAUGGACCACUUCAAAGCGCACAUCCGCAAAACCUACCCAGGCAUGGACUAUUUCCUCACCUACGCCGACAACUACGCCGUCGGCUACUUCCGCAAGCAAGGCUUCUCCAAGGAGAUCACCCUUGACCGCGCAGUCUGGGCGGGCUACAUCAAGGACUACGAGGGCGGCACGAUCAUGCAGUGUAAGCUGCUCCCUAAGGUCGACUACCUCAACUGGCGCGACGUCACUGCGCAGCAGCGCAACGCCGUGCUCGACAAGAUCAAGGAGAAGAGCCGGAGCCACAUCGUCUACCCCGGCCUGCCGCAGUUCCAGGAGGGCAUGCCCGGGGGCGUCUCGGUUGACCCGAAGGACGUGCCCGGCUUGCGGGAGAGCGGCUGGACGCCGUCGAUGCAGACAAUGCCUGCACGCCCGACAGGACGCGGCUCAGAGCACGCGAUGAUGGAGAAGCUCCUGUCCGACCUCAAGGGCCACUCCUCGGCGUGGCCGUUCCUCGAGCCCGUCAACGGAGAGGAGGUCGCGGACUACUACCUCCACAUCACACAUCCCAUGGACCUGAGCACGAUGGAGCACAAGCUGGACACAAACCAGUACCACGACAUGGACGCGUUCAUCGACGAUGCGCAGCUUGUCAUCGACAACUGCAGGCAGUACAACCCCGAGGACACAGUGUACCACAAGUGCGCCAUCCGGCUAGAAAAGUACAUGAAAGAACGCAUGAAGGAGUACGGGAUUUUGCGGAGCUCCAAGGUUAAGCGUGAGCACGAUUAGUGCUGGCGCAACUGAUCGCGAUCGAGGUUUCUGUUAUAUACAGGACAGAGAGGUAGGGUUGGGGGUGCGGGUUCCGAGCGUGUCAUCCUUAGUUGUAGCAUCAACUUCGCAUAUUGUACUGUAUUUUUAUUCUCAUUGGCACUGAUCUUGCAGUGUUGACCCACACCCAACGUCACAAUGCGGGCACGGCGAAAGGAACGUCAAUAGGAUAAGGAGCGACGGAUGACCCAGCAUUAGGAAAAGGACUUAAAGGAACUAGCUAUACACACAUCGAUCUAUUUGAUCUACAUCUCCGUGCGCCAAUUAAUACCUUGCCGUCUCGAUGUCGUUGACACGGCGGUAUGCAGCGCGGUCGCGUCCGCUGAACACGAGCUUCACGUACCGCACCCCGUUAUACCUCCAGAACGCGAAGGCGGCUCCGACGAGAACGAGGAGGAAGACGAGCGUCGAGAAGGACCAGCCGUCCUCGAGCACGAUGGCCGACUCGGGCGACGCGGCGCCCGUCGCUGCCGAAAUCUCGUCGAUGGGCUUCACGGACGUCGCCGCCGCCUGAUUCUUGUCCGUCGCCUCCGACGGGGGCAUGACGGCCUCGGUCGUCGCGGGCGCGGACGACGUGGGUGCGGUGCCCUGUGUGGCAGUCUCGGCCGCGGUGAUACCUUGCGUCGUAGUAAUUAUGUGUUCAGGAGGCACGAUGAGGUCAUCCUGUAAAUAGCCAAACGGAUUUUCAUUCGUACGGACGCCUAUGAUACCAAGGAAGAGGCCGGCUUUUUUAGAGCUCAGCAUGGGUAGGCACCUCUUUCUCCUCGGACGCGGGCUCGACCGGGAGCUCGCCGGAGUCCACGAUUGUAACAUCCUCGCUGGGCCGGUCAUUCCUGCCCUUGGCGACGUCCUCGAUAGCGUGCACGAUGUCCAUGCCCUCAAGAACCUCACCGAAAACAACGUGCUUGCCGUCCAGCCAGCUCGUAACGACGGUCGUAAUGAAGAAUUGAGAGCCUUUGGUAUCCUUGCCAGCGUUAGCCAUGGAGAGAAGACCGGGGCGGGUGUGCUUGAGCUUGAAGUUCUCGUCAGCGAAGCGGUCGCCGUAGAUCGACUUUCCACCAGUCCCAUCACCGCGGGUGAAGUCACCACCCUGGAUCAUGAAGUUCUUGAUGACACGGUGGAACUUGGAGCCCUUGUAGCCAAAACCUUCAGGGAGCUUCGUGCCAUCCUUCUUGACACCGGUCGCGAGAGCGCGGAAGUUCUCCGCGGUCUUGGGGACGGUGCCGCCGUAGAGGCCGAGAACAACACGGCCGAGGUUCUUGUCACCGUGCUGGAUGUCAAAGUAGACCUUGUGGGUGAUGCGCGGACCCUUGGCAGCCUCGACGGACUGGGCGCAGAAGAAGGCCGCGAGGGUGACGAGCAGGAAGCCCAGGGUGAGCCUGCUGAAGAUCAUGGUGGAAGGAGGGAAAGAGGGA